AUAAAUAUUUCCAGCUCAGUAGCAACAUGUUUCUUGUAAACAUCUGGAUCUGUGCUGGCCUCCUGCUGUCCCUCCCUCACUGCACAUAUCAGUCGUGCACAGAAGGGACACCAAAAGAGUGCAUAGAUGCAGAAUUUGCUCCAGGAGCCAAUUUGGCCGGGGAGGGCUUUGAUAUCACCAAAAUGGAACGUAAAGGAGCCUUUGUGCUCGACAUGAAUCAGUGGAAACGUAAAGAUAAAACAUGCAUCCUGUGUACCAACCCUUUCCUGGAGAACAAAAAGCAAAAGCUACCCCUGACAGUGGUGGACUGGAGGGCAAAGCAGUCCUGCAGCGCCAAAGUUUCCACCAAACUUCACAAAUCCAGCGAGUCUCUUGUCAGUUCCAGUGUCUCCUCUGUUGAAAACAACUGGAAGGCGAAUCUAGAUCUUCAAGUGGGGAAUAAAGGUGCGUCACUGAUGCUGGCUGGUACUAAUUCUCACCUCUCGAGUUACUCCAUGGAAAAAACCAAGAAUGACAAGUACAGCUUCGCAAGCCACAGCAUGUCCUGCGAGUAUUACAGCUACAGAGUGUCCAGUGCUCCAAAGCUGCACAGAGAAUUUAACAAAGCAGUGGAAAAACUUCCCAAAACCUACAGCGCAGAAACCAAACAACAGUUUUACAAACUCAUUGAUGACUUUGGGACCCACUACAUCACCAAGGUAAAACUGGGAGGAAGUAUCAAGUCUGUCACCAGCAUCAGACAGUGCCAGGCCAGCCUUCAAGGGCUCAGUGCCGAGGAGGUGCAGAUGUGCCUCGAAGUUGAGGCGUCUGCAAGUAUUACUGCUACAAUAAAUACUGAAACAAAACACUGCAAAAAGGAUAUACAGCAGACAGACAGUAAGUCUGCCUUCUCCAGCCUCUUCAAUGACAGGUUCACAGAAAUAAAAGGUGGUCAUACCACAGAGCCAGACCUUCUCUUCUCUGCUGACAAAAAUCCAGAAGCCUACAAGGAAUGGCUGAGCACAUUACCACAAAGCCCAGAAAUCGUGUCAUAUUCCCUGGAGUCUCUGCAUGAGUUACUACCUACCACAAGUGAUGUCAGAAAAAACCUGCGCUCUGCCAUUAGCCAUUACAUCCUGGAGAAAGGCCUGUGGAGAAACUGCACUGAUCACUGUAAGGCUGGGAUUAGGACCGACUCGAGGGAUCCCUGUGUCUGCCAGUGCCACAAUGACCCUGCCGUGAACCGAGAUUGCUGCCCAGCUCGUAAGGGAAUGGCGCGGGUCAUCAUAACAGUACAGCGGGCCUCUGGUCUGUGGGGGGACCACACUACCGCUACAGAUGGAUAUGUGAAGGUGAUUUUCAACAAAUUAGAAGUCCGGCGUUCUCCUGUCAUUUAUAACAACAACAACCCACACUGGGGCAUGGUCGUCGACCUGGGCUCAGAGGAUAUUUCAUCAGCUAAACUGAGAUUUGAAGUUUGGGAUGAGGACAACAAGUGGGAUGAUGACCUAUUAGGAGCAUGUGAGCCACUUCUGACUGCUGGAGUUAAAGAGGAUCUCUGUAAUAUGAACCACGGCCAACUGUUCUACAAACUAGAUGUGCAGUGCGCUCCAAGUCUGAGCGGAAAGUCGUGCACGGACUAUAAACCUUCACCUAUGAAUUCAAGUCUGAAGAAGUUCUAUGUGUCCCGUCAUGCCCGUCCUAUUCCAGAGGCCAUUCUGUCAGAGAUGGGUGUGUUUGUGGACAAAUCAAGUUCAUGGAAAAAUCAGAGUAUUACUACUGAGAGUCCCAAGUAUGAUGUAAUAAUAGUGUGAUGUGGUGAAAAAAACUGGCUUUGCUAAGUAGUUAAGUGUUAGGAUACCUGGGUCGUUGACCCAGUGUUUUCAGUUAAUACAGUUUUGAGUCUUGUUUAUUCAUUAUAUUCUCUGCGUAUCUUAUAUUUUUUAGUUUAGUUUGCUUUCUCUCUUGAAUUUAUUCACUAUUCUUAGUUUAGGUUGUCUUUGUAGGUAUUUGGUCCCGUUGAUGUCUUUGUCUUGUCUCCGUGUCCUUCCCUCAGCUUUGCCCCCGUUAAGUCAGUCUUGUCUUCAUGUUUGCCUGGUUCUCUAAUUUCCCACUUGUGUAUCUGUGUGUGUGUCUCUCUGUCACUUGCUCCCUCGUCCUCUCCGGUUCUGUCAGUCUGCAUCUCAGUGUGCGUGAUUCUUGUUUUACUUUGAUAGUCUCCUGUCUGGUGUGCAUCAUGUUCAGUUUAGCAGCCCCCCUGUGUCAUCUGAUAGAUUGUUGCCAGCCGUGUUCCCCCUCUUUGUCCUUAUUCCCUCUUGUAUUUAGUGUAUGUCCUGCCUCCCAAUCUCCCUUACUCUCAGCUGUGUGUUCUGCCUGGUUGUCUAGUUUCCAAUACCUUCUAGUUUAGUUUUGUAUUUCUGUAGUACAGCAAUAAAACUGCUUUUUGAGCUCA